GAACGCUCUUACAAAAGAUCUGGCCCGUGCGAUGCCGUCGCCCCGCUGAGCGGAGCCACACGGUGGCGGGACCCCUUCGCCGUCGCUCCACGCAACCGCCGCUCGCUCGAUUUCCUGCCCGGAGCACGACGGCCAGGUGAUGCCCGAUUUGGUUGCCUUCCUGUUGCCUUCGCGCCGCGCUCCGUUCGCACGCAACGCAUUCCCCCCACCCCAGCAGGAGAGAGGUGUCCGCGACGGGGGCGAGCGCUGCCGCUGCCGUUCGGCUUGAGUCUAUGGCCGCCGCCGCCCGAGUGGCGCACGGGAGCGGCCGCCUCAGCCGCCCGCGCCCGCCCCGGGUGGGGCUGCGCGGCGCCUGGGCGGUGGCGGCGGCCGCGGCGGAGGGGCCGUCCUGCCUCUACGUGGGCCCAAUCGAGACCGCCAGCCAGGAGAAGCUCGAGGCGCUCUACCACCAGGCCAGGGAUUCCUACUACAGCGGUCAGCCAUUGAUCGUCGAUGACAUGUUUGACAAAGUCGAGUUGAAGCUCCGGCUCUAUGGCUCCAAAUCUGUUGUGAAAUACCCCCGUUGCAGCCUCAUAAGGCAGUCAACUUAUGCCGACGCUGAGGAGGACCAAUCAAUGUUUAUGGCAUUAUCAAGCAUCUGGAUGUUGCUGCUCCUGUUUGGCACCUCAGCCUUCCUGGUUCCAAGUCUCUACACCCUGAGCCUUGCAUUCGGAGACGCAUUCGGAGCAAGGUACCUCUUGUACGGCACAAAGUCCCUUGACGCUAUAACAAGAGUUAAUGACCUGGCUUUAGUUGGAAUGGGCUACCUGGUUGGUUACCCCAUUGCAUCUGCUUCUGUUGGUGCACUGCGAGGCUUAUUGUCAAAUAAUUUGGUUGCACUGAAAGGCUCCUGCCCAAAUUGUGGCGAGCAGGUAUUUGCAUUUGUUAAGACUGAUAAAUCCAUUCGAGCACCUCAUAGAGCAGAAUGUCAUGUUUGUGAAUGCCCAUUGGAGUAUCGUACUAAAAUUGAGAAAUCGUUGUCAGGGCCUAGAAGAAGCUGGGUCUACGGCCGAGUUUAUCUAGUGAAGCAAGGGCAUCCUAGGAAACGGAAAUGGAUAAAAGACUAGAGUUCCAAUGUCAGCUGCUGAAGAAAGUUAAGAUCAUCUUGCGAGAUGGCACUCUUCUGAUCGACUGAAUCAUUUUUCAAAUACCACUCUUAUUGAUCAGGAGGGCUUAUUGUGUACGAAUCCAUUGAAAGAUUGGUCAAGUAAAGUAUUUUGUAAAACAAAUAGUACAUUCCUUUCUGAGAUUUCCAAACACUGCAGAUGAACCCAUGUUGCAUUGUAUUUUUGUGUCUUUUUUUUGGAUAAACCUAUGAUACAAUGGUAAAGCACCA